AUGGACAUCGACGAGAUCGACAACGGCAACAUGGACAACGACAACGACGGCGACGAGGAUUGGGCUGCUAUCAUGAAUGAUGAAUCGGAGAUGGCGAAGAUCAAGCACUACCGCAUCACCAAGAAGCAGUUCGAUAAGGUCCUGGACAUGGAGUACGAGUACAAAUUUGACGUCGAGCUCCAACAGAUGUCUUUUUCAAAGUCGAUGGAUUGCGAUCGUCCCCUUUCCCCCGAAAUUCUCAAGCAGCUGAUCGAGGGCGUGAUGAUCGAGACUGUCGGAUUCACAAAAGAUCUCGAGGGAUUUGCCGCCCAGGUCACCUUGUUGUACACCGACAGUAAAUGGUUUCUUUGGGGCUUCGCAUUUUUGGAUCCACAGGACGCGGUGUGCAACAGAGAUCCGAGGUCAUUCUUCCGAAUUACCCCGACUGGAGAAAGGAUUCACAACAAACCCCUCUCCUACUCCGCUACGGUAAAAAUCACGGGCCACAAACUGCUUAUGCAGUCGAUGUACGCGUACCCGGACAUCAACGACGUCGAAAAUUGCGUCCUGUACCAGUUGACGGACGGUCCAACAGUUCCUGAAAUUUGGUUCCAUGGCUGCCCAUUUGGCACAUGCACCAGCACGGCCAUGAAAUCCCUUGCCGAUCUCCAACUUCGAGCUGCACACGCAUUGGGAUUCAUUUAUCGGAACACCAAGAUUCGUUCAUGGCACUACGAAGAAGAUGGCGUGACCAAGAUCUAUAACGCCACUCACCAAAAAAUGGGUUUCAUUGAUCAGCACAGCGUGAUUAUGCAAAACUUUGUCCGAGCUGAUAAUAUCAGGCUCAUUGCACUAACGGCAUAUGGACUCUCAGAUGGAUUCAAAUUCACGAAGGACGGCUGGAAAUUGAAGCAGACUCGAAAAGGCCGAGAAACGUUAGCCGAAUACGAGGGAAGCCCGGUUUACACGCUAGCUCUCAUCUAUUGCUUAGCUGGAAACGGUGCUAUUCUCGACAAGGAUUCGUACAGGACGAUAAAGUUCUGGAACGGGAUCUUCGAUUCCUAUCCCCAGUACUUUAUGCCUAGAUUCCCGGUUCCAUAUUGGGAUGAAAACGGGCCCGAGCCGAGAAUGGAUGAUGAGGAGAAGGCAAAAUUGCUCUCUGUGAAGCCGUUCUGUCCUCAUCAGCAUGCCAAGAAGAUGAUGGCUGCUCCCAACUUGAAGUCGUCAACGGACUUUCCAAUGGCCUCAACGAGAAGGCUGACAAAAAGCGAACUAAAGAAAAAACUGGUUGAGCCCCCGCGAAACCAAUUUGAUCCAGUUCAGUUUGAUGACAGCAAGACCGACGAGGACAUCGAGGACGAGGACAUCGAGGACGAGGACGACGAGACCGGCAACGACACUGGCGACGACGAGGACAUCGAGGGCGACGAGACCGGCAACCUGGACGACGACGAGACCGGCAACCUGGACGACGAGGACAUCGAGGACGACGAGGACAUCGACCCAGACGACAUCACGGCCGAAGAAGAAAGAGAGAUGGACGAGGAGAUGGCGAAGAACCUUGCUGAAUUGGAAAAAACAAAGGCGUCCAUUCAAAAGGUAGAACUCGAGCUGGCGGAGAAGAAGAAACGGAACGAGGAGGCGAGAAAGGCUAAGCAGGCGGCGCUUGAGAUCCGCAAGCAGAAGAAGGCCGAGUCGGACAGGAUCAGAGAAGAAAUGGUCCAAAAGAACCUGGAGAUGCAAAAGCUGCUGCAGAAGCUCAAAAAGAUG